AUGAGUUAUGACACUUUCAAUGAUGAAGAUGUUAUCAAUGUACAAAAGCUAUUUGCAGUUCCAGAGAUAACAGUGACCCCAAAGUCAGUGGUAGAAGGAGAUCACAUGACCCUGACAUGUGACACGAGGCUCAGUCCUCUCAGACCGAGGACAGAACUGAAAUUUGCUUUCUACAGAGAUGGACGGAAUGUCGGAGAAUUCUCUUCAUCGAACCGAUAUGGAGUUCAGUCCGCUCAGGUGAAGGACUCUGGGAAAUAUUCAUGUGAAGUGACAACCAACAGUGUACAGAAGAGGAGUCAGGAGAUAAAGAUCCAGAUAAAUGCCAUGUGGCCAUAUAAGAGACCAAAAAUCAUCAGAAACCAAUAUCCGGAGGUAGAAGGGGAUCACAUGACCCUGACAUGUGACACGAGUCUCAGUCCGCUCAGACCGGGGACACAACUCCAAUUUGCUUUCUACAGAGAUGGACGGAAUGUUCAGGAAUUCGGUUCCUCCAAUCAAUAUGGAGUCCAGUCCGCUCAGCUGGAGGAUUCUGGGAAUUAUUCCUGUGACGUGAGAACAUCGGAUGGCAAAGCGAGGAAAAGUAGUCACUUCCUCCCGAUUGUGAUAAAAGGUGAAUAUGAUUUAUUCGAAAGACCAAAAAUCAUCAGAAACCAAUAUCCGGAGGUAGAAGGGGAUCACAUGACCCUGACAUGUGACACGAGUCUCAGUCCGCUCAGACCGGGGACACAACUCCAAUUUGCUUUCUACAGAGAUGGACGGAAUGUUCAGGAAUUCGGUUCCUCCAAUCAAUAUGGAGUCCAGUCCGCUCAGCUGGAGGAUUCUGGGAAUUAUUCCUGUGACGUGAGAACAUCGGAUGGCAAAGCGAGGAAAAGUAGUCACUUCCUCCCGAUUGUGAUAAAAGAUUACAGAACAAUGAAUGUGGUGCGUCUGGUGCUUUCCUUCUUAGUUCUAUGCCUGACAUGUGGAUUCCUCAUCCAUCACGUGAAGACUAAUAAAGAUCACGACCAAUUGGAGGUGGAGCCUGAAGACCUUUCUUUGCAUGAGAUGAAGUUAUCUGUGAUCCCUCCACCAUUCUAUUUUACUUUCACAACUUGA